AUAUCGUCCGCCGUAGUUUCGCCCCUUUCGUGCGUUGAAAAGACCAGGUUCUAAUCCUGAUGAUUUCUCGGAGAUAUAAAGUCGCGCGAGUGCUUACCCCGGAAGACGCAGGCAGUUCGUGCUAUUGCCCUCGACAUCGGGGAACUGCAGCCAAAGCAAGAACACAGAUACAGCCCCGAAGCGCACAACUACCCGCAAAAGCCGACUCUCAAGGCAUAUGCACGUAUUGUCAAAGCAUAUAUGAAGUUCAACAUGCUCAGCUUGUGGUCCAAGCCAGUGCCUUUCGACCCAAGCCAGGACAUUCCUGACCUCUCUGGUCGUAUCAUCUUUAUCACCGGCGCAUCUGACGGCCUAGGCUAUGAGACGGUCCUGCAGCUAGCUAGUCACCGUCCAGGACACAUCUAUCUGGCCUCUCGUAACGCAGAAAAAACGGCAGCCGCUAUCUCUAGGAUUGUUGAGCAUGUCAGGGCUGCCACAGGGGACGAUGUGUCUUCAAAACUGACCCAUAUCGCUCUGGACCUGACAUCCUUCGCUUCCAUCAAGGGCGCUGCGCAGACUUUCCUGGCCAAAGAGUCCACACUCAACGUCCUCAUGAACAAUGCUGGCAUCAUGUGCGUACCUGCUGCUACGACCAAACAAGGCUACGAAGUCCAAUUCGGUGUCAAUCACAUGGGGCACGCUCUCCUUACGCGCCUAUUACUCCCCGCUCUGAAGAAGGCGGUCAGUGUUGGACAAGACGCUCGCGUCGUGACCCUAGCAUCCUCUUCGGAGCGUCAGGCUCCACGCGUCGGUCUCCGCCUAGACGCCGCAAAGACUGAUAUGGCUGAGUUCGACAAUUGGGAGAGAUACGGUCAGUCGAAACUUGCCAACGUGCUUUAUACGCGCACCCUCGCGGAAAAGUGCCCGGAGAUAACUUUCGUGUCUUUGCAUCCGGGAGUGGUCAGGACUGGCAUUUCAUCCACCUUCCUCGCAAGCCGGUCCUGGCAAAUACCGUUUGUCUGCCUCAUAAUGUGGACGCAAUGGGUCACUCCGUAUGAGGGCGCUUGGUUGCAGGAGUGGCUCGCGACAACCGAAAAGGAAACCUAGUGAACGGCGCCUUUUACUAUCCAGGGAAACGGAUUGUGAAGGGCAGCGCCAAUGCGCGAAACAAGGAGCUGGCGGAUGAGCUGUGGGAAUGGACUCAGAAGGAAUUGGAUUCAGCUGACAUCUACUGACGAAAGCACAUUACCUUGUAGUCCAGAAUCUCAGAAUUAAAUUCCAUCUCCAACCAAUAUUUCAACUAAAAAGAGUGUUGCUCGUUGGGAAAUCUGGAAGGCAGGUGCUCGUCGAAAGAUAGCAGCGAAUGCAAAUGAAGAAUAAUAA